UCCAUUGUACCUGCCCUGAUUUCCAUAUUCUAAAGUGGGUAAGCAAUGGCUGUUGCAACGUAACAGUUCUCUUUCAGACACCGCCGUGACAUGACAUCACCAUCCUCUACAAUAGCAGCAGCCGUCAACAACUGUUCUCUGCAUCGAUCAUCAAGUGAUAAAACCAAAAAAUCAUGGUUCUGCGAUCGUGUCACCGUAUCUCGUCUGCAGUAUGUGUGGAAAAUUGAAAAAUUUAAUUCGUUCAAGUCGCAAGUGGAAUCGCCGAUUUUUCCGCCCGCCAGCAAAGACAGUCAAAUCCGAUGGCAAAUUGUUAUGAGCCAGGCUGAGGGCUACGUUGUGUUGCUGGUAAAAAUGGUUGCCUCAAAUCAGUCUUGUGUUAAAUUCAAAAUCAAAUUUAAAAUAUUAAAACCCAAUGGCUGCAUAGAUGAUUCGCUGGGAAAAUGGAAUGGCAAUGGAUCGGCCCAGGGUUCUUUGGUAUUCCCAAGGAAAAUUACUCUCUCCGAGCUACGCAGUCCAGCACGGGGUCUAGUAACAAAUGGUAACCUAUUUCUGAGAUGUGAGCUAACCCUUAUGAUUGAUGCCAUACACAGUUCACCGUGGGAGGGUUUGAAAAUUGCCGGCUCGGCGCUGCAUGAACGCAUGGCCAAACUUUUGGAUUCUGGCAAGUUUAGCGAUGUCACCUUAGUUGUCCAGGGCGAGGAGUUGUAUGCCCACAAGGCCAUAUUAAGUCUACGUAGCAGUGUCUUCUCAGCCAUGUUUGAACACGAAACAAUGACCGAAAAUGAAACCAAUCAAAUACUCAUCAAUGAUUUUGAACCGGUGGUCAUCAAAGAAAUGCUCAUCUUUAUGUACUCGGAUAGUGCGCCGAACAUUGAGGGUAUGGCCGGCGAACUACUGGCAGCAGCGGAUAAAUAUGAUGUGGAACAGCUGAAGUGCUUGUGCGAAAUGGUCCUCAACAAUGAGAUAUCGAAUGAAACGGUCUUGCCCACAUUGGUAUUGGCCGAUCAGCAUUCGGCGUUGACGUUAAAGAAACGAUGUUUUCAUUACAUUAAAUUGAAUCUGGCCAGUAUUGUGUUCACCAAGGAAUGGAAGACAAUGUUGAAUAAUUAUUCGGAACUAAUACGAGAAAUUGAAGCCUACAAUGGAUGCCUUCAAAAUUAGAUAGAACUAGAAUUGAGAUAAAACUUCAAGUAUUUUCUGUGUAUAUAAUUAAAUUCAAAUUUAAAUAAAUGUGAUAAAUCAAACUGAAAA